AUGACCAACACAUUGAAUGGCAAAUCACCGCCGCCCUCCUCGGCACGGCCUUCAGCAUCGGCUGCUGCUGCAUCUGCAAUCACAUUCAUAUUCACAAACGGCGUCCCGGCCCGAUUCCGUAUGGCAUCGAGAAUCGCACUUGUGGUAGUCACCCUUAUCGUAAUAUACGCUGCCUACCAUUCGCUCGGGACUGCAUUCUCAUAUAUACGAGAGCUACCGUUAUACUUCCAUGUAUUGCUAUUAAUCAAUCUGGGGUUGUGGUGUGGAGCUACCAACAUACAUAUCCUUAGUGUGUUUGGUAUUGAUGCUGCUGUACUCUUGGAAACUGGAGCAGGUGGCCCGACACAGGCACUGGAUAAGAUAUCACUGGCCAUGUCGUCAAGUCCACCGUAUACGCCUCUAAGCCCAACGGCUAGUCCCAACAACCUGCCAUUCUCAGAUAAUAAUAUAGACGAUGGAAAGGCUGUAUCUGGUCCUCUUCUUGCUCAGCAAACGGGAUGGAUUCCACGGGACAUGUAUACGCUUGCUCUAAUAAUAAGUUGUGUGACGGUCUUGUCGCUGGCUGCAUUUGGUGGAGCUGCUUCGAGAUGGGGUGAACCUGCUGCUGAACGAGUAGCUGCUGCUACGUAUGCUCUGAUUCUAAUAUUGACAUUCUUGCCAUUUGAUACUUUAUAUCGUAACUUGCGGGUCAAGUUCUUGAGGUCUCUGAGACGUAUUGCAUUUGGAACACUAUACUCGGAAGUGCCGUUCUGUGAUGUCAUAUUGGCUGAUAUAUUGACCUCCUAUUCUCGAGUCUUUGGAGAUUUGCAGAUUGUAUUUUGGACACUAGUUAUGCCAGAUGAAGAAAUCGUGCCUGCUGCCAGAGCAGGUCAUCCGGGAGAUAAGACUGGCACUGCUGUAACUGUAGUAGCUCCGACAUCUAUACUUGGCUCAUGGACGGACUUGGUUGCCCCGAUACUGAUCAGCGGUCCCUUCUUGUUUCGGUUACGACAAUGUAUAUCUGAAUAUAACCUAGCUUCGGAACCUGCAGCAAAGAAUCGACACUUGGCCAACGCUGGGAAAUAUCUGUCAGCUAUACCCGUCAUCAUGUCGUCAUUUAUGAUCAAUUGGCUGCGGAUGUCUUAUCGUGGUGCUGCCUUUUCAUCAAGUGGGCUGAGCGCUGAAGAGUUGCUCAAGGCUGAAUGGAAGCUCGACUUUGCUGUGGGCAUUUGGGUCUUCUUCUCAAUCGUGAAUUCGCUAUUCUCUAUAUAUUGGGACUUGAUAAUGGAUUGGUCAUUGUUUAGGAGGCGGCAUCGUCACUUGCCAGCCUUCCCUAGGUUUCUGAGACCCAUACUUCACUUCAAGCACCCCGUGGCAUAUUACGUUGCCGUCGUAAUCAAUGUAAUGUUAAGGCUGUGUUGGACUAUCAAGGUCCCACUCUUCUUUGCUCUAGUGGAUGCAACAGUGAAACCUUCAGCACCUGGAGUUAGGCCUGAAGAAGAGCAGAUCCCAAUGCUGCUUGGAGUUGAUUUGGCUCUCAAAGUAGCUGAGGUGCUUAGGAGGUGGUUGUGGGUGUUUUUCCGUAUUGAACGUGAAUUGGUGUCGAAGGGGUACUCUCAGAUGGAAGAUACACCAUAA